AUGACGCGUAAAGAGAUCAGCAGAGGCAACGGCAUCACCCCAGACUCACGACACAAACAGAGAGCGGGCAGAGCAUCACUGCAUGGAUGGAGUCAGCUCAGCCACGGUCAGACACAAACACGCCUGAAGGGAACGGACGAACGGACGGGAGCAGAUUCCUGCAGAGCGGAGGGCGCAGGUGCAGAGACGCGCAGGAAACAGGACUUCCUCCCGACGCAUCGACGCACCGCUGCAGUAAAGGAGACGUCUGCUUGGGUUAUCUGGUGCACCGCCUCGUCCAUCGGAGUGUUGCCCCACCUGGAACAAGCACACAGUGAGGAGCCAGAGGGAGGAGCCAGAGGGAGGAGCCAGAGGGAGGAGCCAGAGGGAGGAGUCAGAGGGAGGAGUCAGAGUGAGGAGUCAGAGGGAGGAGUCAGAGGGAGGAGUCAGAGGGAGGAGUCAGAGGGAGGAGUCAGAAGUGAGGAGCCAGAGGGAGGAGCCAGAGGGAGGAGCCAGAGGGAGGAGCCAGAGGGAGGAGCCAGAGUGAGGAGCCAGAGUGAGGAGCCAGAGGGAGGAGCCAGAGUGAGGAGCCAGAGUGAGGAGCCAGAGGGAGGAGCCAGAGUGAGGAGCCAGAGUGAGGAGCCAGAGGGAGGAGCCAGAGGGAGGAGCCAGAGUGAGGAGCCAGAGGGAGGAGCCAGAAGGGAGGAGCCAGAGGGAGGAGCCAGAGGGAGGAGCCAGAGUGAGGAGUCAGAGGGAGGAGUCAGAGUGAGGAGUCAGAGUGAGGAGCCAGAGGGAGGAGCCAGAGUGAGGAGCCAGAGGGAGGAGCCAGAGGGAGGAGUCAGAGGGAGGAGCCAGAGGGAGGAGCCAGAGGGAGGAGUCAGAGGGAGGAGCCAGAGGGAGGAGCCAGAGGGAGGAGCCAGAGUGAGGAGUCAGAGGGAGGAGUCAGAAGGGAGGAGCCAGAGUGAGGAGUCAGAGGGAGGAGCCAGAGUGAGGAGCCAGAGUGAGGAGUCAGAGGGAGGAGCCAGAGUGAGGAGUCAGAGGGAGGAGUCAGAGGGAGGAGUCAGAGGGAGGAGCCAGAGUGAGGAGUCAGAGGGAGGAGCCAGAGGGAGGAGCCAGAGUGAGGAGUCAGAGGGAGGAGUCAGAGUGAGGAGUCAGAGGGAGGAGCCAGAAGGGAGGAGCCAGAGUGAGGAGUCAGAGGGAGGAGCCAGAGUGAGGAGCCAGAGUGAGGAGCCAGAGGGAGGAGCCAGAGGGAGGAGCCAGAGGGAGGAGCCAGAGGGAAGAGUCAGAGGGAGGAGCCAGAGGGAGGAGCCAGAGGGAGGAGCCAGAGGGAGGAGCCAGAGUGAGGAGUCAGAGGGAGGAGCCAGAGUGAGGAGUCAGAGGGAGGAGCCAGAGGGAGGAGCCAGAAGUGAGGAGUCAGAGGGAGGAGCCAGAGUGAGGAGCCAGAGUGAGGAGCCAGAGGGAGGAGUCAGAGGGAGGAGUCAGAGUGAGGAGUCAGAGGGAGGAGUCAGAGGGAGGAGCCAGAGUGAGGAGCCAGAGGGAGGAGUCAGAGGGAGGAGUCAGAGUGAGGAGUCAGAGGGAGGAGCCAGAGGGAGGAGCCAGAGUGAGGAGUCAGAGGGAGGAGCCAGAGGGAGGAGCCAGAGGGAGGAGUCAGAGGGAGGAGUCAGAGUGAGGAGUAAGAGGGAGGAGUCAGAGGGAGGAGCCAGAGGGAGGAGUCAGAGGGAGGAGUCAGAGGGAGGAGCCAGAGUGAGGAGCCAGAGGGAGGAGUCAGAGGGAGGAGUCAGAGGGAGGAGCCAGAGGGAGGAGCCAGAGGGAGGAGUCAGAGGGAGGAGCCAGAGUGAGGAGCCAGAGUGA